CACUAACGGAAACAUCAACGUGAAAGCGAGACGGACGCCCUCCGUCCCGUUAUAUCCCGUUAUAUGCUGUGUCUGUCUGUCUGUGUGUUGAGUUGAGAGUUCUACGCCGCGCACUCCAAAAAAAGAAAAAACUUUAACACCACACACACUGGCACACACACACAGUAAGGUGGAUUAAUCAAAAACAACAGCUUUAGUUGAUAUAUAUUUAAAAAAAAAUUGAGAAAAUUGUUUAAAAAGUGCAGAAAAAAGAGCGCCCAAUGUGGCCCAUGGAAAUGCCAAGGAAAAUGCAGCAGCAACAAAUUCGACAACAAACGCAAAUUCUACAGCAACAAGAGGAGCAACUACAACAACAAUUGCAGUUCCCCAAUACAUAAGUCCACCGAAUUUUCCGUCUUUGUCGCGCGCGUUCACACUCACACACACCAGGCACACACACACAGGGACACAUGCAUGUGCAUAAAUGGCAAUAUGGACGAAGAGCAGCUGCAUUUUCGUUUUGUACCAACACAGUGACACGCGCGUGCCAAAUAUUGCCGAUUUUAUCAUACUAACAACAAGAACAACAACAGCAGCAGCAGAAACAAUAACAACAACAACAUCACCAGCGGGACCAGCUAUUAACUAAAGGAGUCAUUACAACAGUAACAACAACAACAACAACGAUAGCAACGAACAUUACUGGAAGGCGUUGCAAAAUAUCAAAAUGUCAAUUCAGAAGCUAAACGACACCACCAACUCGGGCUACGUAAGUUCCGAGGAGACGGACUCGCUGCUGGUGAGCAGUUCGAAUCCCUCGAAGGGAGGUGGUCGGACGGCCCUGCUCCGCCAGGUGAAGAGUAGCUCCACAAAUGGCCCAACGACUGGGGCCUCCACAUCCUCAUCGGGAUCGGGAUCGGGCGGGGGCGGGGGAGGAUCCGCAUCGACGGGCUCGAACUCCGCAGCUGGUGCUGGGGCUUCCAAGCCGACGCUGAUGCGGCAGGAUCGCACUUCCACCUACCUGACCAGUCCCCAGCAGUCGCAGCAUGCGAGAAUGGGCUCCGAGGAGAGCAUGCGGGGAGGAGGAACUGGCCACGACGAGGACGUGGAGCAGGGCCUGGUCCGCAGCAGCAUAGUGCCUGACAUCGAAGUACACGAAGAGGACCAAGAUAGCCACAGCCAGGGAACAAGUAGUAACCAGCAACAGACACAACCGACCAUAUCAAUUAUGAAUUUAAGCCUAAAGCCCGGCGACAGCCAUAGCCACAGCUCCAGUCCGGGUGUGAGCCACCCCAAUUUGGGCACCUCAUCAUAUCAGAACCUGGCCUCGAGCAUACCGCCCAGCGUGCCAAGUCGCUGCAGGGCGUGCCGCAACUGCAGCCGACGUGCUUCCACCACGCCCACCACGCUGAUCGAUCGCUCCGCCUCACGCGACAGUGUGAAAAGUGCCUUCCAGCAGGGCAAUCUCAGCGGCUCCAUGGCCAUUUGCAUAUCGAAUUCGGCCCUGCCGCAACAGCAGCAGCAGCAGUACCACCUGCAACAGCAGCAACACUAUCAGCUGCAGCAGCAACAUCUGGCACAGCAGCAACAGCUGCAGCAGCAGCAGCAGCAGCAAGUGCCGCCCGUUCUCAUCACCUCAUCGCCCACGAAUGGAUCACGGAUAAUACGGCAGAGUUCACAACCGGAAUCGAGCAGUACGGCGAUUUGCUGCGGACCGCAUUCCGCCUGCGUCGGCCACGCCCACUCCCACUCGCAUACGGUUCCAAAUGUAUCGCUGAAGCAAUUGCGCGAAAGUUCCGGCGAUGGAAUCGCUGGGAUUGCAGCCGAUUCCCUGCGGAUCAAUGGGGGAAUGCGGCCCUUCAAGCAGGGCGUUCUUCUAAUGCCUCGCACCUUGUCCGAAAGCCGAAAGUUGCGCCUUCGAAGGGCCUUCACCGAGGCCACUAACGAAACGCUCCAAUGCUCCAAAAUGCUCCGCAAACCGGCGUCGACACUCUCAAUUCCUGGCUCGAUGAAAACACCUUCCAUUGCGAACCGGGAACAGAUCUCAUCUGGAUGCAACGAAGAAGCGGCCGAGGCACUAGUGGGUAUCCACUCAGACUACCCUAGGUAUGAAAUGUAUAUGGAAGAACGUGCUCUUACUGGCGGCAAUACGUCCAGGAAGCCAUCGACAAACUCGGCCAAACACAAACCCAAUGUGGGCUAUCGCCUGGGAAAGAGGAAAGCCCUCUUCGAGAAGCGCAAGCGCAUCAGCGAUUACGCCCUGGUCAUGGGCAUGUUCGGGAUCAUCGUGAUGGUAAUCGAAAACGAGCUGAGCAGUGCCGGUGUCUACACAAAGGCAUCGUUCUACUCAACAGCGUUAAAAACCUUAAUAUCUGUUUCGACUGUGAUUCUUUUAGGACUUAUAGUAGCUUACCAUGCUUUGGAAGUGCAGGUGAGAUUAUUCAUGAUAGAUAACUGCGCCGACGAUUGGAGGAUCGCAAUGACAUGGCAACGAAUUAGUCAAAUAGGGUUAGAACUUUUUAUAUGCGCUAUACAUCCAAUUCCUGGCGAAUACUAUUUCCAGUGGACGACGAAAUUGGCCAAUAAGAAUAAAACAAUUGGCACCGAAAUGGUGCCGUAUGACGUAGCUUUAUCAUUACCUAUGUUCCUUCGAUUAUAUUUAAUCUGCCGCGUAAUGCUGCUGCAUUCAAAGCUAUUCACAGACGCAUCAUCACGGAGCAUUGGCGCUCUCAAUAGGAUUAAUUUUAACACAAGAUUCGUUUUAAAAACUCUAAUGACAAUAUGCCCGGGAACGGUUCUAUUGGUCUUCAUGGUCUCGCUGUGGAUCAUCGCAUCCUGGACGCUGCGUCAGUGCGAAAGGUUCCACGAUGAGGAGCACGCGAAUUUGCUAAACUCCAUGUGGCUAACGGCCAUCACAUUUCUGUGUGUCGGUUACGGCGACAUUGUGCCAAACACGUAUUGUGGACGCGGUAUCACCCUCACCUGCGGCAUGGUGGGCGCCGGAUGUACGGCUCUACUUGUGGCCGUAGUUUCCCGGAAACUGGAGCUGACCCGUGCCGAGAAGCAUGUGCACAACUUCAUGAUGGACACGCAGUUGACCAAACGGCUGAAAAAUGCUGCGGCGAAUGUUCUGCGUGAAACUUGGCUCAUUUACAAACAUACAAGACUAGUAAAACGGGUUAAUCCCGGCCGUGUAAGAACCCACCAAAGAAAGUUCCUUCUAGCUAUAUAUGCGUUGCGAAAAGUUAAAAUGGAUCAGCGCAAACUAAUGGAUAAUGCAAAUACAAUAACUGACAUGGCCAAGACACAAAACACGGUCUACGAGAUAAUAUCGGACAUGUCUAGCCGUCAGGAUGCCAUCGAGGAGCGCCUAACCAACCUGGAGGACAAAAUGCAGAGCAUACAAGAGCACAUGGAAAGCCUUCCAGACCUAUUGUCCCGAUGUCUGACACAGCACCAGGAGCGGAUCGAGCAGCGGCGGAACUUUUUACAUCCUGACACAGCUGCAGUUGCCCCCAUUCAAGCACCAACGCCCCAAUCGAUGUUCAAUGCAGCGCCCAUGCUGUUCCCCCAUUCUAGAAGUGUUCCCUCAUCCAAUAACGCCGCUGCUACUUACCAUUGGCCAACAAGCCCUAUUUUGCCACCUAUAUCUAGUAGAACACCACAUUUAGUGCCUGAUACUCACAUGCCAUCAAAUGGAUCUGCAGUUAAUAGCUACGCAUCUUCCAACAAAUACGGCAGCUGAAUAUCAGAAAGAGAGCGCUCCAAAUCCGUGAUUAACAUCGAGAUGCUAACAAUAAGGCCGGAUCGAUGCUGGCCAACAUCAUCCGCACCCCAAUCCCAAAAAAAGUCAACAUCAACGUCUACGUCAAAGUAUAAACCAGAAUUCGCAAUGGCCGAGACAUCGCUGAGGCAACGCGUCCAAUCGCCGUCGUUAUCGCAAUCGCAAUCGAAAUCAUCGUCCCAAUCGCAAGACCACAUUAUGCACCAGAUUAGUGGGAUAAUGCCGAUACCGGAAGAUGCCGAAUCGCCGGGGAACACGAAUACGAAUAGCAACAGUUCGCCCGACCAGCAGUGUGUGCCCAUGAGUGCAGUACCGCCAUCGAGUUCAACGCCCGCAUUUACGGCGAUAGAUGAUGGUAGUUCGAUAGCCGGAACUAGCGGUGGCAUUGUCAAGUCGAUAACGAUGAAUGAGCCGAUUACGACGGAGAGUGGCAAAGCGAUUGCCUCAAAUAAGUUUACUAGGAAAAGAGAACGUGUAUGCAAUAAUAGUAGUUAAUAGUAUUAGUUAUAGUGAUAGUAAUAAUAGAAGUAAUAGUAAUAUUAGUAAUUCUACAAGUCGAAUUUCGAACUCGGCCUUUUGUAAAUAAGCCUCUUCGAGAUGAGAAAAAAGUCAAAUGUUAGCAUAUACAUAAUACACACACACUAUAUAUAUCUGUAUGGAUAUAUAACACUCCCCCAGAAACCCAAAAGAAAAAAAAAACAAUAACAGAAAACCAAACAGAAUAUAUGUAUACAAUUGUGUAAUUUUUUUUUUCUAAGUUUUAGGCUAAACGUAUUUGUAAUAUUUCACAUUGGGCCAAGGCAGCCUGUACUUGCAUACUAAAAUACAUAACAUUAAAUAGCAUAAAUCGUGUGAGUGUGUGAAUGCGAGUGUACAGGGCGAGAGUGUUUAGAAUGUAAGGUCCUAGGAAAUAGAUCGUAGGACACCAGCAAGUAGAAUCGAAGUAAAUAAACGUACAACGCUCAGAAAGCAGAAAAAGCAAUAGUUUAACCUGGAAAAUCUGGUCCCUAUCAGUACGACAACCACAUAAAUCGGUAUAUUUAUCCCUAUAAUACUUGCAAACAAGAUAUAACCAUAGGGAACUGCAAUCCCCCCUUUCAAAGAUUCCCCUCAGCACUUCCGUUUCCGGUGCAUCCAACCAACUGCAGUACACCCACGAACAUGGCAAAUUCUAGUGUCCGUCUGUCGAAAAUGUAUGUGUCUGUAUCCCAAGGAUGUGUGUCUGACCUGACUGUGUGUGUGUACAAUGCAAGUAAAAGCAUACGAACAAACCAUAAAAAAAAACCAACAAUUAUAUACAAAAAGAGCAAAAAAGAAAAAUCCCCAACCAAGAACAAAGAAAAACUAUCUAACUGUAAAAUGUAUGUUACGAGAUUUAGAAAACAGCGAAGCAAGAAAACCAAAUACCAAGAGAUAGAAAAACAAAAGAAAACCUAUGAAAACCCCAAAAAAAACCGUGGGUAAUGAAAAACUAACACACAAAUAUGAGAGUUCUUACUUAACAUCUACUAGCUCUGGCUUUAACUAAACUAACGAAACAAGUUUAAAGGAAACAAGUUUGUUGUUGUCUUCUUUUUCUACACAUAUAUUUAAAAAUAUAUAUAGUAUAUAUACAUAUAUAUUUUCGUUGUUGUUGUUUUUCGCCUAUUCUUUUCUACCAAGAAUUAUGAACUCAAUUAAGAACCUGAAUAGCUUUCGAAAGGUGUUGACGACGAUGAUAUAGUAGCGUAGACUAAACCGAGAAACAAAUGGAAACAAAAUGCAAAACUAACGUAUUAGUAUAGUCUACAUACUAAAGUGAACAAUUUUAAUUGAAAUUUUGUAACAUAUUAAAGGUAAUUCACAUUAAUAUACAAACUAGGAGGUAAAAAUGUAACAACGGAACAAACUACAAGCUCCAGAUAGAAACUAAUAAAGCCGAAACGAACGGAAGCGAAUUGAAUUGCAAUUGAAAUUGAAAUGAGUAGAGCAGUAUAGUGUAGACAUAAUAGCAGAAGUGGCCGAGCUACGUAAAGAUUUUCUAAAGAUUCUAAAAGGAACAUUAUAUAUACUAUAUACUUACUUAAAGUAUUAACUGAGAGCAUCGAAGUUAUUUAAAGAAAAAACCAAUGCAAAAAACAAACAAUUAGGUAAUAUGCAACCUUCUAACGCUUUGUUAGGAUCCCAAUGGAAGGCAAAAGAGAUUUACAACUGAAUUCCCCGAAUAGUGCCCCCCAAAAGUUCCCAUUCCUACCCAGUUCCCCAGUUAGUAAGACAGACUCUUCAUAUUAUACAAAACCAGGGCCAGAAAGGAUCAAAAUAUCUGUAAACUAUAGAUUAUACAGCCAUAGGAUGCAGUCCACUUAAGCCAACUAAAAGUAUCAAAGUUUUGCCAUAUUGAUUGAUUUACCACAUCUCCAAGUCACCUGGCUUUAGUUUGAUUUUAUGAUAACUUCCCCUCAACCAAAAAGUUUCCCAACUGUCUGAUAGGUCUUAACUUAUAUACAACAAAAAUGCCAGACAGGAAAUUGAGUCAAAGGAGAACAAACAACAAAACAACCAACUAAAUAAACCCUUAAACAAAUGUGUGUAUACCUAUUUAUAAUAUUGAAUAUUUAAAUUGAAAAGAACGUUCAAGACUGCUGUCAAAAUAGCUUUAUCACAAGAAAUAACAAAGAUCUACACAAGACAACAAUACACCAAACAGAACAGAACUAAACGGAUCGCAAAAGAUCGAUAAAUAUCGGUUUUCGAAUCGGAACAAGCACCAAAAACACACGAUAGCACACAGAUACAGAUACAGGUACCGAUACGAGAUAUGGAAUGCGCCCAGCUUUAACGUUAUGUAUUCAUGCAUAUUUGGGUUUCAACUCUACUACAAUAUAAAACGAAUACGCAAAAUAAUACUGAACAAAGAUCGAUAUACGAUUAUGACUUAAAUCAAAUUGAAUUGAAUUGAAUAAUUGGUACAAGAUCAAAUUCCCGUUUGAACUGGUUUCCUACGCCCCACAAAAUACCUUUAAACACGAUACAAAAACUAAAAACUUUGAUAUGAGGGACCGAAUUUCUAAUGACAGGUCUUUAUUAUACAAAAUACCGAAGAAAACUUAAAACCAAAAUAAUGAAGCAAAAGCAAACCAAGAACAAGGAUUCCUACAAAAACUGAACCCAAAACAGUAACAAUUUAUUAUACCGAAGAUUUUUAGCCGCUUUUGAGCUGAGAUACAAAAAUAAAAAAAACACAUGAAAGAAUCUUAUUGCACAAUGUCCUUAGUUUCUUUCGUAACAUCGUAGGUCCGAGUCUUACGCCCAGAAUUUAUGUUUUUUGUUGUCAUAUAUUUGUUUGGUUUUUUUGUAAACCAGAAAAGAAUCGUAGAGCUCAAGGGGUACUUCGAAAAUCACGCUUCAACCGAAAAACUUCUAGCCAAACCUGGUCAAAUUGACCAUAUAUGAAUAUAGCCCAGCCAAUGCCAAUGCUACCAAAAAAAAAAACUGGAUUCGAGUUUUCGAAAUCGUAUCAAACCGGAUUAUGACGAUGCAGCCAUUUUGGUGAAUUUACACGCUAGAAACUAGAAAGGGUCCUCCCAAAAAUAUCCCCCAUCUCCCCUCCCCGCCCCCGCGCCCAACUAGAUCGAGGUAUGCAAAAUAUAUAAGGUUACAUAUACAAUAUCUAGAUAUACAACACACACAUACUCGUAUAUACAUGUACAGACGGUCUAUGAGGUCUAUAUACCGAACCCAAAAACCAAAAA